AUGUCUCCUACGCAUCCCAUCAUGUCGCUGCUAUCAGCCAGAGGCUCUGGGGAUGUGGAUAUUGAUCGAAGUGUGCAACAAUGGAAUUUUGCUUGUCAGUCAUUAUGUAUCAUUGGCAUGAUACUCUUCUUUGGACUUCGACUUUAUACUCGAAUGUUUAUUCUGAGUGGGUUAGGCAGAGAAGACUGGGCAUGCUUGGUAGCAACGGUACUUGGAAUCACCUAUUCUGUCAUCGCUAUAAUCAGUAAGUUCAGCAAUGUCACCGCUCGCAUGAUAGAGUCUAAUUCAAAGACAGUGGGACACUAUGGAGGAGGCUUACAUUGGUCUGAUGUCGCCGAGGAGGAUAAAAUCCCAUUCCAGAAGACCAUCUACGCCACCAUGGUCAUGUACGGACCAACAGCCUACCUCACAAAAAUCUGUCUACUCUGGAUCAUGACACGAGUAUUCAGCCCCUUCCGAAAAUGCGUCAUCUUUAUCAGAGUAUUCAUGGGAAUCAUGUUGGCAUACUAUAUCCCAGCCGUUAUUGUCAAAGUCCGAAUCUGCAGCCCUAUUGCCAGGUUCUGGAAUCAGGAAAUUGAUGGCUCAUGUCUCGAUGAGACUGCAAUCAUCAUGGCUGAUGCUGUGGUCAGUGUAGUCAGUGAUUUGAUCAUUCUGAUCCUGCCACUGCCAUUGACUUUGACUCUACAAAUGUCGACCAAGAGAAAGAUGAGAGUCAUGGGAAUCCUAGGUGCGGGUGGCUUGGCUGUUGCAGCGAGUAUCAUUCGUUUGGCCUUGAUUGUCGUUACUGGGCAAUCGAAGGAUGUCUCUCUCGCUUUCAUGCGAAUCAACAUGUUAGGAAAUGCGGAAGUCGCCAUCGGUGUUAUUUGUACCUGUCUCCCAGCACUCUCGGCCCUCAUCAUCCGCAUGUACACCGAAUACUCCAGCAACAAAGUCGAGUCCAACUAUAAGAUGAGCACAAUGCGGGAUCAAACCGCGAUGGAACGAAGCAGACAACAAAUGAGCGUGCGACAGACGGAGUCUGAUGAAGAUGUGCUGAUGUAUAACGCACAAGGAAACCCCAAGAUUGAAACGGUCAUUCGGGGCGAUAGUGCGGGACGCGAUGAGUCUCCGAGUAUGGUGUUUGGUGGCAUAGGAGUUACCAAGACGGUCAAUGUGUCAACCUCUGUGGAGCAUCGAUGA